AUCAAAUUCGACUAUUGUUUUUUGCUUAACUUUUGUUUAUUCUUCGCAUGGAUUGGAUCAGCAUGGAGCACUUUCUGAAUUUGUUUUUAUUUAUGUCGGGAUUAACUGCUAUUGGAUUAAGCCGACAGAUCGAUUCAGCCAUUCCGUAUAUGAUACCAAGAGCGUUCCAAACUCACAAUGAGGUGUCGCUCGCUGGCGAAGUGCUCGUGUCCUCGAGGAGGCCAACCCUCUCCAUCAUCCGAAUUCAAGAUUAUGCCAUACAGAUGGACAUUGGUCUCAACACUAAAACGCUACAAGUGACAUUCCGUAUUGGCAGUAAAACCAAAGCAGUCCAUGUGCCAUCACAAAAUAUCAUAAGGGAAAAAAGAGGGAAAUUCCUCAUCCAUUUCCACGAUCUCCAACAACCACAAAACGGUGUCUCCCUGUAUGUCAACUGUGUGCUCGCUGGUAGCUUUCAAACAGUGCCAGGAAUUAGGAGUAUAAUUACCCCUGGCAUGAGAGUGAGUAUGCAUUCAAGAUUUCAAGCGUUCACAGGAGUACCAGUAUCUGCUCUGUUGGAACAGCAAGGUUGCCAACCAGUAGCUCCUGUUAGUACGGCAAACGAACAGGGUCUAGAUACAACUGCACUGGUUGACAGUAUUCAAAAACUGACAAAUGCUGUGAAAGAUCUACAGAGUGGGCUCAAACAGCAGACAUCAGCGACUGUCAUGUUGAAAGAAAUACUGGGGAACUGCAGCAUGUGUCAAGAUGAUGGCAAUGACAAUUUUAGACCUGUAGUGAAGCUGAAGUGUAAAGACGACACGUGUUACCCUGGUGUCACGUGUUAUGAGACAGAUGGUGCUCCAGAAUGUGGGCCGUGUCCACCCGACUUAACUGGAAAUGGAAAGACAUGCUUUCCGGUGACGACAUGCAACAAUAAACCUUGCUAUCCAGGUGUAUUCUGUAUCGAUGAAGUGGAAGGGUUCUCAUGUGGCCCGUGUCCAGAUGGCCUAACAGGAAAUGGUGUUGGACCAAAGGGGUGCAGUCCACUAUCAUGUAGGGAUGAUCCUUGCUUCAAGGGGGUGGAUUGUACGGAUACUGAGUUUGGCUACAAGUGUGGACCAUGUCCCCCUGGUUACAAGGGCAAUGGUACACAUUGUAAAGACAUAGAUGAGUGUAAGCUUGCCGAACCAUGUGACCGACUCAGCUAUUGCGUGAACACAGUACCAGGGUAUUCCUGUUCCCCUUGUCCUGAAGGCUUUACGAGCAAGAACAAUAGAGGAGUUGGAUUGGAAUUCGCUUUAAACAACCCACAAAUAUGUAAAGAUAUCAAUGAAUGUGAGAAUGGAACUAAUGGCGGAUGUGUUCCUAACUCUAAAUGCGUUAAUACACCAGGGUCAAACCUGUGCGGUGAAUGUUUACCGGGUUUCGUUGGCGAUCAAAAGAAGGGAUGUAAGAGAAAUCCCAAGAAAGAGUGUGCCGACGGAGGAAUCUGUGAUGGCAAUGCAAAGUGUGUUAAACUUCGAGGUUAUGACAAACUGCAGUGUGUGUGUAAGGUUGGCUGGGCAGGCGACGGCACUUGCUGUGCUAGAGACACUGAUCUUGAUGGCGUGCCAGACGAAGAAGCAGAAUUUUGUAAGUGUAAAGAUCCAGACAACAUAAAAUGCAAGAAAGAUAACUGUAAAUACCUGCCAAAUAGUGGUCAAGAAGACGCCGACAAGGAUGGAUUUGGCGAUGGAUGUGAUGACGACGAUGACAACGACAACAUCCCAAAUAACGUUGAUAACUGUCGGCUUGUGCCCAAUCCUGAUCAGAAGGACUCAGACAAAGACGAAAUAGGAGAUGCCUGUGAUAACUGUAAAACCGUUCCUAAUUUUGAUCAACGUGAUACAGACAGUGAUGGUGUGGGAGACCUUUGUGACGAUGAUGCAUAUGAGGUACCAGACGACAACUGUCCCUAUAUUUCUAACCCUGAUCAGGCGGAUCUGGAUGGGGAUAAACGUGGAGACGCAUGUGACAAUUGUCCAGAAGUACAAAACUAUGACCAGAAAGACAGUGAUGCUGAUCUGAUAGGUGAUGCCUGCGACUCUGAUGAUGACUGUGAUCAGGAUGGUAUUCAAGACAGCAUGGAUAACUGUAUUAGGGUGCCUAAUGCCAAUCAGAUUGAUACGGAUCAAGAUGGGAGAGGUGAUGUUUGUGAUAAUGAUGAUGACAAUGAUGGAAUAUUUGACCAACAAGAUAAUUGUAGAAUAGUCUUCAACCCCGAACAAGAAGACUGGGAUGGUGAUGGCAUCGGUGACGCAUGUUCAGAGGAUUUUGACGAAGAUCAAACUUUGGAUAAAAAUGACGUAUGUCCAGAGAAUGCAGAUGUGUCAACUACAGACUUCAAGGCCUACCAAACAGUUGUUUUAGACCCCGAGGGUGACGCCCAGGUGGAUCCGAUCUGGACCAUAUUAAAUGAGGGAGCUGAGAUUUCACAGACUAAGAACAGUGAUCCUGGUUUGGCAGUUGGGUACACUCCAUUUGGUGGGGUUGACUUCAGUGGUACCUUCUUUGUGAACAGUGAUGUGGAUGAUGAUUAUGCUGGUUUUGUGUUCAGCUACCAAGAUAGCUCUAAGUACUAUGUAGUCAUGUGGAAAAAGACUGGACAAACAUAUUGGCAAUCUACACCAUUCAGGGCAGUUGCUGAGCCAGGGAUCCAACUUAAGGUUGUUGACAGUGAGACUGGGCCUGGUGAGAUGAUGAGAAACUCACUUUGGCACACUGGAAACACAACAAAUCAGGUGAAGUUGCUGUGGAAAGAUCCAAGAAAUGUCGGGUGGAAAUCAAAGACUGCCUAUAGAUGGGAGAUGAUCCACAGACCAAACAUUGGACUCAUCAGAAUUCUCCUUUAUGAAGGAACAGAACUUGUUGCAGAUUCUGGUAACAUCAUUGACCACACACUAAAAGGUGGCCGUCUUGGAGUGUUCAGUUUUUCACAGGAGGGAGUGAUCUGGUCUGAUCUUGUCUAUAGAUGUAAUGGAGACACACCUGAUGACUACACAGGUGAAACCCCAGACCUCUACGAAUACUAUGAAUAUUAUGAAGACUACACAGAUGAGUAUGGGAACCCACAAAGUGAGGAAGAUCGUCGAAAAAAGGAUUUGAGAGCGUGCAAAUCUGCAAAAGCAAAACAAGCAACAACAGUGGCGCCAGAUACGGGGGAUUAUUACGAUUUUGAGAAUUAUGAAAUAGGAGAACCAGGAAUUAUAUUUGAGGAAGAUUAUUACUAG